AUGGAGGCAAAGGUCACUCCACCUCAUCAAGGCCGAAAGCAAUUGGCAGCAGUCAUCCAGCAUGACCUGGAGGAAAAAGGGGAAAAAGUAAACUCAUGCCACCCUGUUGAGAACUUUGACUUUCGCAAAGUUCUUGGAAAAGGAUCCUUUGGAAAGGUCAUGCUGGCAGAGAUGAGGGGAAGUGGGGAGCACUUUGCCAUCAAAGUGCUGAAGAAGGACAACAUUGUAAUUAAUAGCCUUGUGGAAAAUACCAAGGUGGAGCAGAGGGUGCUGGCCCUUGCUGUAGAGAACCCCUUCCUCGCACACCUCUACACCUCAUUCCAAACAAAGGAGUAUAUCUUCUUUGUCAUGGAGUAUGUGAACGGAGGAGACCUGUUUUUCCACAUAGAGGAAAAGGGAUGUUUUGACUUUCUCAGCACACAGUUCUAUGCUGCAGAGAUGACCUGUGGGCUCCAAUUCCUCCACAAAAAUGGAGUCAUACACAGGGAUCUGAAACUGGAGAAUGUGAUGUUGGACAGAGAGGGCCACAUUAAAUUUGUGGACUUUGGAUUAUGCAAAGACAACAUGUUUGGGGAGAAACACACUUUCACUUUCUGUGACUCGGAGCACUACAUCGCACCAGAGAUCUUCCAGGGAAAGGAGUACUCUUUUCCUGUGGACUGGUGGUCAUUUGGGGUCCUGGUGUUUGAAAUGCUGAUUGGCGAGUUCCCAUUUCACGGAGAUAAUGUAGUUGAGCUCACCAUAUCUGUUUGCACGGAAACACCUCAGUAUCCCAGCUGGAUUAACCAGGAGUCAAAGGACUUCCUGGAGAAGCUGUUGGAGAGGGACCCCACGCUCAGACUGGGUGCAGCUGGACACAUUCGUGCACACCCCUUCUUUGAGAACAUCGACUGGCCAGCCCUGGAAAAGAGGGAGGUGGAGCCCCCUUUCAAGCCCCUAAUGGAAGACCCCUAUGACUGCAGAUAUUUUUCCCAGGACUUCCUGAGCGAGAUGGCCCGCUUCUCUCAGUGUGCUGGCGGCUCCAUUAUAUCCACAGACCAGUUGGCUUUUUCAGACUUUUCUUACAUUAACCCAAAGUGGAUUUGCUCUGAUUAA